AACGCGUGCUCAACAGAAAACAGCAAUCGCUCCACAAAUUUGACUCCCAUGUAAACUUUCUCUCUCCUCCAACCAAUUACCUUCCGCCACGUACCCCAUAAAUCCUCCUUAUACACAACCCUCACCUUCUUCCUUCAAGAGUUCCAGAAAUUAGGAGAGAGAAAAUCAAAAUCCACCCAAAAACUUCAGCAAUCAUCAAUGGCGGUGUUAAACGGCGUCGUACUGAAGCCCUCUUCUUCUUCUUGCUGUUAUUACACUACCCAGAUUGGAAAACUUUCUGGGAAUGCAAGAAAUUCAUGUUUUUUGAAUUCUGAAGUUUGUUUUAGAAGAGGGAAUCGAAUACCCAGUUUGAGGGAAUUUAAAUUAAAAGUUGGGAAUCGUGGGUUUGAAGAUGAAGGGCACUUAGAUUAUUAUAAUUCUGGGGUUGGAGUUGGGGUUUCGGUUUCCUCUGUUUGUGGAGAGAAAAAGGGAAAGGGGAAAAAAGGGUGGAAUGGGAUUCCGGUGAAAAAGAGGAUGAAAUUGUUGAAGGGUUUGGUUAAGGAUUUAUCGGCCUUUUCUGAGUUAGGGUUUGGGUUGAAUUUGGAUUCUGAUAAUAAUCUGGGUUUUGCUGUUGAUGAUGAUAAAUCCAGAACUAUUUCUCAAGCAGCAGAGACACUGUUAGCUCAAUUGAAGCUGUUAAAAGCAGAAGAAGAAAAGAUGAAGAAUUGUAAAUCACAAGACUGUGAAUCCUCCUCUUCCUCUUCGGAAUCGAGUGACAGUGAAUGUGAUGAAGUGAUUGACAUGAAAACUGUGAAAAACAAGACCAUUGUUCGACCUUAUGAAUCUAAAGAGAUUGAUUUAGUCAGUGAGAAACCUGCUCAAUGUACAAGUGAGCAACUAUCUCUAACCUCAGAGCAGAAGUGCAGCAAUAUGAUCCUUGAUUUGACCUUAAACAAGGAUGUAGGAAUCGAAGUUCUGGACUCGGAAACUCUGCAGCUGCAUCAGCCGAGAGUGGAAAGUAUAGGGAAGAAGAUCGAGGUUUGUAUGGGCGGGAAGUGCAAGAAAUUAGGUGCCCCGGCAUUGAUGGAGGAGUUUCAAAGAGCAGUAGGCAGUGAGGGAGUUGUUGAAGGGUGCAAGUGCUUGGGCAAGUGUAAAAGUGCACGUAAUGUCAGACUUCAGAAUGGUAAUGUAGGUGCUGAUACUGUGAAAACUAGUAACCCUCUCUACAUUGGUGUCGGUUUAGAAGACGUAGAGUUGAUCGUUGCAAACUACUUUGAGGAACAGGCUAAGGAUCAAUUGCACGUUGCUGUUGCUGCUGUUUCUUCCUGAAGAAAUUUUGUUGCCAUUGCUGACGUCUCAGAUUCAGUUGUGUAGCUGAUAUGCAGGUUGAAACAAUUCACGGAGAUUAAGAAUUCCGAACUUGUCUGAAGAAUUAUUUCAGUGUCUGAACUGAAGGAGGAGACUAGUGAGAAGGAGCUGAAAUAUUCCUGUCAAUGUUAAAAUUAUUACUUUGGAGAGUGUGAUUCUGAUUAAGGUUUUCUUCUUUUUGAUAAACCUGUUCAUUGUACAUAACACUCCAAUUUACUGUAUUCUAUAUACUACGUAGUAUUGUGUAUUGAUUGUAUUUUAGAAACAAGAGAACUAGAAAUUGAAUAGAACAGUGAUUAUUUACUCAA